GACCAAACACUAGAAUUUCGUGGGGAGAAAUAAUAAUAUGAUUAUCAUGUAUCCUCUCCUGAUUAGUUUAAUCCCAUCCCAAGAUUCCCCUCCUUUUCCUCCUAAUGUUCAUCAAGUCUUGAUCUUUCAUCAGAUUCGCAGAUUGCGCUGCGGCACCACCGGAUUCCGCCUCCGCUGCCACCUUCCUUGAUUACCUCUGCUCAUGGGAACCCCUUACCCGAACCCCAUCACUCCUGCCCAAACCCAGAUCGGGUGGAUCGGUAUUGGCUUAAUGGGUGCAGCCAUGGCCUCCCGCCUCCUCUCCGCCGGCUACUCCCUCACCAUCUACGCUCGCACUCCGUCCAAAGCCCUCUCCCUCCAAUCCCAGGGUGCCCGCCUCGCCAAAUCCCCGUUUGAAGUUGCUAAAUCCUGCGACGUUGUUUUCACCAUUGUGGGACACCCGCCGGAUGUUCGACAAGUUAUCUUGGAGACAAACGGCGUCCUUUCGGGCCUAAACCCUAACGGCGUCACGGUGGUCACGGUGGAUAUGACUACCAAUCUACCCUCCCUGGCACGAGAGAUAUCUGCUGCCGCGCGAGCCAGAGGUUGCUGGGCUGUGGAUGCCCCAGUUUCUGGGGCCGACGUGGGUGCUAGGGAAGGAAAACUUGGAAUAUUCGCCGGCGGAGAUGCUGGAGUUGUGAAGUGGUUGACGCCGUUGUUUGACAUCAUGGGAAAGGUUACCUACAUGGGGGAAGCCGGGUGCGGUCAGAGUUGCAAAAUAGGAAACAACAUUGUGGGCGGACUGGGGUUGGUUGGGUUGAGUGAAGGGCUGGUGUUUGCGGAGCGGGCGGGGUUGGAUUUAAAGCAGUUUUUGGAGGCGGUGAGAGGAGGGGCGGCGGGGUCAACGCUGAUGGAGUUGUUUGGGGAGAAAAUGAUAGGGAGGGACAUGAGGCCUGGCGGGUUUGCAGAGUAUUUGGUGAAGGAUUUGGGGAUGGGAGUGGAUGUGGUGGAGGAGGAGGAGGAUGAGAGGGUGGUGGUGCUGCCGGGGGCGGCGUUAAGUAAGCAGAUGUAUUCAGCGAUGGUGGCUAAUGGGGAUGGGAAGCUUGGCAUUCAUGGGGUUAUCUCUGUUAUUGACAGGCUCAAUGGCAACAUUAGCAAGUGACUUGUAAUAUUUUUGUUGUUUGUUGAAUAAGCCGUUGGUGAAAGAAUUGCCAUCUGGGAAUGUGAUUCUUUUGUGAUUAGCAUCUAUUAUAAUUUUAUGCCUUUAUAAUCUCAUUCUUCCCACUUAGCCAUAACCCCAACUUCCUGUUAACUCUCUCCCUUUCGGACCUCUAUUUGACACGAUCUAUUUGACACGAUUUGUCACAACUUUAUCAGAAGGUGUGUAGAGCUUUGGUUCGGGUGUUCACACCACCACCUUCCUUGUGUUUGCUGUAGGCAUUGUUGCUUAUUGGAUGUGCAUCCUUUCAUUUGUAGCUGCGGCGACGAUCUUUGUGGGGCUUGUUGGAGGACUACGGAGCCUUGUUCUUCAAUUGUGGGGCUUUGUUUGGUGUGAUCUCAGGAGUCUGCAAAGGGUGUUGGUUUGCAAUGGGUGGUCCUUCAAUCCUGGGCUUUGUUUGGUUUGAUCUCAGGCGUUUGCAGAGGGUGUUGGUUUGCAAUGGGUGGUUGGAGCUCCGGCAGCGGCAAUAUUAUGCUAGGGUUUCUUUGUUUAGGUCUUUCUGUUGGCUCCAGACCUUGUGUUGGCUCUUUUUUGUGUUGCUUUUGGGGGUCCAUAUUUAGGGAUUUGGAUCCUCACUGAGGCAACUGGUUGGGAUCCUCCUGAUCACUGUUUCUCCCAGUCUAGUUUCAUUUCUGAUUUCUCACCCAGCCUUCUAACACCGACAGCCUUCCUUCGAAUCGUCUCUGACUCUCCAGCCGCCCAGCCUUCCUUCACGAAUCACCACCCAGCCACCGCCACGCCAAAGCAUCAAAGACUGAACUCUCCAGCCUUCCUUCACGAAUCGUCUCCGACUCUUGCGAUCUCUCUCUCACGGACAGAACUCUCGAUCUAGCACCGAGUCCGAGUCUCACUCUCACCCCAAAUUAGGGAGAAGUGUUAGCAGGUCUAGCACUGCUGUAGCAACUGAGGAGUUAAUCAUUUCACCUGUUCAAACUUCAAAUUAGUCACACGCUGCGUCAGGUAAUAUUUUUGUUUUGGCUAUAGAAUCUUAGAUACAUGGUCUUGCUUUAAUGUUUGAUAGCAAAUCAAGUUUUGUAAUUCUGUGCACAGAUUGGCAUAUUCUAGGCAGAUACUUAACUGGGCCUUGCCAUUUAAUUGGCAUAUUUGUGCACGGAUUAGUAGAAAAAAGACAUGACGUUACAAAGUCUGUAGGUUUGCCAUCCUCUAUAUUAGAAACGAGCUGGUUUUUAUUUGCUCGGAAUAUAUUUCUAUGUUGAAUGC